CCGCCCGCCCCGCCACACAGGUAGAGAGGUACGUACCGCAAGGCGAAGCAGACGCCGGCCACGACGCCACCUAACGCGGGCCUCGUCAGUCUUCCGAGGACGGCCGCAGCUGCCGGAGGACUCGCCGCUCGCUAGGCUAGCAGCCGCCGUGUCAGUGCGACGCCGACGUGUGUGUGUCAGAUACCGACCGUGGACUCCUCUCAGCACCCGCAUCCAGCUAGAAACGGCAGCCGCUCUCGCCUCUUACUCGAUUUUACCAAGCACCCGAGGUCAUUUGAGAACUUAAACAGAUCGUCAGUUUUUGCUUCUGCGAUGACUCUGGUCCAGUAACGGUGUCGUCGAGUCUGGUACUUCGAAGGACGCGGUCUCUGUUGUGCUUCCAGCUUUAACCGAUAAGAUAGCAGACACCAUGACGCUGCAAGUGGUGGCAGACCUCGUGAACUUCUACAGAGACCUGAUGGAUAACAGGAGCGACCAGCGCGUCAAGGACUGGCCGUUCAUGUCGGGUCCGCUGCCUACGCUGCUGAUAUGCGUGAGCUACGCCUACAUCGCCAAGGUGGUGGGGCCGAGACUCAUGCGCGACCGCAAAGCGAUGCAGCUCAAAGUACCACUCGUACUGUACAACCUGGCGCAGGUCUUCUUCAGCAUGUGGCUCUUCUACGAGUUACUGAUGGGUGGCUGGUGGAAUAGGUACAGCUACCGAUGCCAACCCGUCGACUACUCGAACGAUCCUGUCGCUCUCAGGAUGGCUCGCGCUUGCUGGUGGUACUACUUCUCGAAGUACACGGAGUUUAUUGACACGCUGUUCUUCAUCUUGCGGAAGAAGAACGAGCAGAUCACGAACCUGCACGUGAUCCACCACGGCGUGAUGCCGAUGAGCGUGUGGUUCGGAGUCAAGUUCACGCCAGGAGGCCACAGUUCCUUCUUCGGUCUGCUGAAUACAUUCGUACACGUCGUUAUGUAUACAUACUACAUGCUGGCGGCCAUGGGGCCACAGAUGCGUCCAUACUUGUGGUGGAAGAAAUACCUCACAGCCUUCCAAAUGGUGCAGUUCGUGCUGAUGAUGGUCCACGCUUUCCAGCUGUUGUUCAUCGAAUGCGACUAUCCGAAGGGCUUCGUCUGGUGGAUCGGCAUGCACGCUCUCAUGUUCUACUUCCUCUUCUCUGAUUUCUACAAACAAGCCUACAGAAACGAUAGGAAAAGCAAGAAGGAUGACGAUGCCACUGCAGUGACAAGCAACAAAACUGAAGCAGUUACAGAGAAUGGACACCUGAAAGAGGUUGAAAAGAAUGAUGCGGCAAAUGGAACAGUGCAUAGUUCAAUGAACGGAUAUCUCCAACACUCAGAGCCAAAUGUUGAUGGGGUAAGAUCGCGAGCGAAAGAAGCUGCUCCAGUGAAGGAAUCAGAUAUAGGAGAGGAGUCAUCGAAAAAUGUCUCCGAAAUUGGUUUCUGGGAGCGAUUUACCAUGAACUUUCCAAUGUUUUGUAUACCUGACCAGACAGUUCUCUUGCAAAAUCACUAGUGAAAUCGCCAAGUAACUUAUUUUUUGUACAUAUUAGUGCAAGCACUUCCGAAUAUAAUGGACGUGAGUAUGUUAAGAGUGUAUGUUAGUAAUUUUGUGCAUGUGAGACUGAAUCUAGUGUAGUUUCAGUUCAUAUCUGUGAUCAAAGACAACAGCAGAAGGAAUUUGAAUGUGCUGUCCAACGAAAGGAACAGAGACUCACAUGAUGGACCGCAUCUCCUCGGUCAACAUCCAUUCAUACAGUAAAUGUGCAGUGUUCUGAUUAUUAUAAUUUACGUUAGGUUCAACUGAAGAACCGUAAUUAUUGGUGUACGGUGAAUCUUAUGACAGAAUACUGGCGUGUAACAGCAUUGAAGAUGAUAGUCACUUCCUUGGAAGUAAAAUCCAAAUCACUUAAUUCCUCUUAACAGGAGGGUUGGUAAAGAGUCACAAUGUACAGUCGUGUAUGAUCUACCAAAGUUGAAGUUCAGAUAAUGAUUUGUUUGUCUAAGUAUUUGAAUUUAGUUAUCAAACACAUUUGGUAUCGCCAAACAGAUAACCAAAUCUGAUUUUUGUGAAAGAGACCACGAAACCAAGAAACUUUAUCGAUAAACAAAACGUAUAGUAUGCAGUUUGAUGAAUGACGCUAAAGAGAGCGACUGAUGUGUGGAGGCGUCGCUGGUGACGCUUUGGUGGCAGUGGUCGUGGCGGUCGCGGCCAUCACUUGACGUCCGCAGCUUUCUCAGAGAAUCCUGCGCCCACAUAGCAAAAUAAGAAUAGGUGCCCCGUGAUUCGAGAGGGGUCUUCAGCGUGUACGAAAACAGGCUUUUUGUGAAAAAUUAGUCAUUUGGUUCAAACUAUGACGCUUUUAGUAUUUCACUGCAUGUUGUAAAUAAAACAAAAGAUCUUCGGAAUAUGAGAAAUUUGUUAAUGGUUGGUCAAACUGAUUUAUUUGUGUAACUUGUAUAAAUUUUGCAAAAACAAUGACCGUUAAUUUACUCGCAGAUUACCUGUUUUCAUAGUCUUUUGUAAAUUUUCUACUUAUUGCGUUCGUUGAGAACGAUGCUGUUGUUUUUCUUUUGUAACAUUCUUAAAAUCUAAAUACGUUGCA